GUGGAAUACGAAGAUAUGUUUCCGUACGAGGGCCGUCUCGUUAAUUUAAGGGCGAAGAAUUGUUACGAUAAAAUUGAACUGCAAAGAUUUCUGAGAGGGGCAAUUAAAUUGGGAUUCGAAAUAAUACCACUGAUACAAACCUUUGGACACAUGGAGUUUGUACUAAAACAAAAAGAGUUCUACCACCUCAGAGAAGAUCCUAAGUAUCCAGAUUCGAUUUGCCCUACUAAGAUUGAAAGCCAGAUGCUGAUCAAAGAAAUGUUGAUUCAGAUGGUGAAUUUCCACAAAAACAUUUCGCCGCUAAAGUUCAUUCACAUCGGAUGCGACGAAGUAUUUCAUAUCAACAAAUGCUAUGAAUGUUCACGGGAAAACUUUUCCAAUACGGACAUAUUCAUCAAACACAUACGAAAGAUUAAACAAAUAGUUGAAGACAUAAAUCCUGAAACAACAGUACUUAUUUGGGAUGAUAUGUUUCGUAGCAUCAAACUGAAAUCGUGGAACGAGAUCGGAUAUUUUAAUAAGAUUCAAACCGUUUAUUGGGAUUACGGAGCUAAUAGCAGCGUUUCGCAUGUUAACUUGCUGAAAUAUCACCGAAAAUUUGAUAACAUUUGGAUAGCUACAGCCUUUAAAGGUGCUGAUGGGCGUCUAAGCACAAUACCUAAUCUGAAAAAUCGGUUUUUAAAUCAUCUAAACUGGUUAAAGCUGAUAGCCAACUAUAAAUUUGGAGGUGAAACAAAUUUUCAUAGUUUUGUCGGAAUUAUAUUAACUGGGUGGUCGAGGUACAGCCAUUUUGACCCUCUCUGUGAACUUUUGCCCGCUUCGAUCCCAAGCCUGCUAUUAAAUUUGCUUCUCAUUCGAAAAUUCAAUGAAGGCCACCUAUCAUACAAUAAUGAUAUCAAGGAAAUGGAGUUUCGUACUUUUUUCAACAAAUACCUUCAGACUGAUUUCAGUGAUAGUCUGCAUUGUGUAAUCCAUGAUAUUGAAAAAACAAAUUAUUCAUCUUGCAUUUUUGAUGGAUGUGAACUUUAUAACUAUCUUAGUGAGUUUCUCAAAAUCCACGAAAACGUUAUAUAUUAUUUUGAAAGUGAAAAACACGGGCUCUCGUCUUUACAAUAUUAUGCAAAUCAGAAGAAUCUCAUUAAUACGAAUAACGCUGUAAUGAAUAUGAAAUUGUGUAAUGGCACACUUCAUGAAUUAUUCGACGUCGAAAGAAAAUUACUUGUAGUGAUGUCUCAGUAUUACGGAAACGAUACCAUUGAAGAGUACAUUAACGCGAAAAUGUUUCAUUUGAAAUAUAAAUUAGAAGGAUCCAUGAAAUUAUUGAAAGAUUUAAUGGGUGUUCGUGCUUUUGAAACUAGUUUAAAACACCUUAAAUGGGAUUCGACUGUCUUGGAAAGCCAUUAA